AUGGUUCUUGCUCCAUUCUUCGAGAAAGCUCCAUCUUUGAUCAUCUCUCCAGAUGGUUCUGUUCUAUUUGAAUGCAUUUGUAAUGCUAAUCCACAGCCAACAAUCAAAUGGUUUUUGAAAGACAAAGAGCUGACUGGCGAUCGUUACGUUUCAAAGAUUAAGAAGAUGGUCGGAAAGUUUACGGUUACACUGCACAUCAAGAACCCAACUCAAGAUGACCAAGGAGUAUACAAAGUGACUGCUACAAACACCCAUGGAUCUCACUCUGUCGAGCAACAAUACAUCUACAAAUGCACUGGAAAAGAGGUCUUCAAAACUCUUGAUUGA